CCGCCAUGUGACGGGAAGCAGCUGAUGGCCUCUGCGGGCGGCGGCGGCGGCGGCGGGCGCGGCCGCGGCGGGGCGGGGGCGGGCGGCGCGGGUGCGGAAUGAAGGCCCGCGGCCCUGGGGGCUGAGGCGCCCGCCGCCUAGGGCGGGCUGCACGUCCUCAUGGAGGCCGGAGAGGAACCACUGCUGCUGGCUGAACUCAAGCCUGGGCGCCCCCACCAGUUUGAUUGGAAGUCAAGCUGUGAGACCUGGAGUGUGGCUUUCUCUCCAGAUGGUUCCUGGUUCGCCUGGUCUCAAGGACACUGCGUGGUCAAGCUGGUCCCCUGGCCCUUAGAGGAACAGUUUAUCCCUAAAGGAUUCGAAGCCAAAAGCCGAAGCAGCAAGAAUGAUUCAAAAGGACGGGGCAAUCUGAAGGAGAAGACGCUGGACUGUGGCCAGAUUGUGUGGGGGUUGGCCUUCAGCCCGUGGCCCUCUCCACCAAGCAGGAAACUCUGGGCUCGUCACCAUCCCCAGGCGCCUGAUGUCUCUUGCCUGAUCCUGGCCACAGGUCUCAAUGAUGGACAGAUCAAAAUCUGGGAGGUACAGACAGGACUUCUGCUUCUGAAUCUUUCUGGCCACCAAGAUGUCGUGAGAGAUCUGAGCUUCACACCCAGUGGCAGUUUGAUUUUGGUCUCUGCAUCCCGGGAUAAGACUCUUCGAAUUUGGGACCUGAAUAAACACGGUAAGCAGAUCCAGGUGUUAUCCGGCCAUCUGCAGUGGGUUUACUGCUGCUCCAUCUCCCCUGACUGCAGCAUGCUGUGCUCUGCAGCUGGUGAGAAGUCGGUCUUUCUAUGGAGCAUGCGGUCCUACACACUAAUCCGGAAACUAGAAGGCCACCAAAGCAGUGUUGUCUCCUGUGAUUUCUCUCCUGAUUCUGCCUUGCUUGUUACAGCUUCGUAUGAUACCAGUGUGAUUAUGUGGGACCCCUACACCGGCGAGAGGCUGAGGUCACUUCAUCACACUCAGCUUGAACCUGCCAUGGAUGACAGUGAUGUCCACAUGAGCUCCCUGAGGUCUGUGUGCUUCUCACCUGAAGGCUUAUAUCUUGCUACAGUGGCAGAUGACAGGCUCCUCAGGAUCUGGGCUCUGGAACUGAAGGCUCCAGUUGCCUUUGCUCCUAUGACCAAUGGUCUCUGCUGCACAUUCUUCCCACAUGGUGGAGUUAUUGCCACAGGGACAAGAGAUGGCCAUGUCCAGUUCUGGACAGCUCCCCGGGUCCUGUCCUCACUGAAGCACUUAUGCAGGAAAGCCCUCCGAAGUUUCCUGACGACGUAUCAAGUCCUAGCACUGCCAAUUCCCAAGAAGAUGAAAGAGUUCCUCACGUACAGGACUUUGUAGCAGUGCCAGCUACCCCAUCUCCUGCAGCAGAAGCAGUACCAGGGACUGGCUAGGAUGGAGCCAGGCUGGACCAGUGUGGACCUUUGUCCCACGGCAUGUGCAAGUAGGUCUGAGUGACCCCACGUCUGUGGUGCCGGCCUUACCUCGUCUUCAUCCGUGGUGAGCAGCCUUUGUCAGUCUAGUUGUUUGAAGCCAAGUGCAGUUGUGGAUGUUUGGGUCAUAAAGGCAAGCAGGCUCCAAGCUUCUCUGGUGGCAGCCAAGUCCACAUUCCCUUAACUGGGAAGUACCUACCACAUAGGGUAGUGCCUGCUGCCUAUUUCCAGUUGGCAGCUGCAAGGUUUGAAGUUCCUCCAUUCUGGUCAGAGGAACUUUGGUAUUUGGUUCCUUACUCAGCUGCACAUGGACUGGCUGUGCUCCUCACCAAUACACUAGUACUGGCUUUUAUUUUCCUGUAAACAGUGGUGUGCAUGUGUAGGAAAUGACAAGCGAGUAUAUCAGAUCAUAUGAGGAAGUGUUCCUCAAGUGCAUGACGGUCAGAUGGCCAUUUAUCAGCAUAUUUAUUUGUAUUUUCUCAGCAGAUAUUAAGGUACAACUGUGUUUUCUCAAUUGUCUCUAAGAACCAGAGUUCUUAAGUGGCCCAGUUGUGGAGCCAAGUCUCAGAGUUGUGUGGAGUCAGUGCUGACAUCACUGGCUUGUGCUGUCACGUGUGUUUGUCUCUGCUGCUUGACCUCACGGGAUUUACCCUCCAGUUCAACUGCCCAAAACAGAUAGCCCCUUCCAAGCACCGUUCUUUGUUAGCGGUAGCAGCUACCUAUUCAAGACGCCUCACACAAAAUCUGCCUUAGGAAAGUUAAUAUAUUUUAAAUUAUUUUAAAAGAAACUGAACAUCUUAUUCUUUGGCCUUUCUUAAUUGAUGCUUUAUGGAGGCAGUGUUAACAUUGUAUAGUGUGUGCAUAAGAGGAGAGGAGUCUCCUCUAUUUGAAGAACAUUGCAAAAUGAGGCUUUUAUUGAAGGGAGAAAAGAGAAAAAGAAAAAAAGAAAAAAAAAGCC